AUGCGGUUCGGAAAGACCCUCAAGACCACGGUCUACCCGCCAUGGAAGGGAAAGUACAUCGACUACAACAAGCUCAAGGGACUGUUGCGCGAGAAUGAUGUCACUGGCGAGGACGCCAGCGACUCCGAUGACAACCUUUGGACUGAACAGGAUGAGGAGGCAUUCGUGCAGGAAUUGCUGAAUGUCCAAUUGGACAAGGUCAAUGCCUUCCAAUCGGAGACCUCCCAGCAGCUCCGCGAACGCACCUCUUCCUGCGAGGCCAAGCUGCGCCCAUUGGCUCCGUCCGGAGAGCAAGAGGCUGUCAUCCUCGAGCAACAAGAAAAGCGCAGACUGGCGACAGAGGUCUUGCAAGAGCUAGACGGCAUCACCAAGGAGGUCAGUGAGUUGGAGAAGUACAGUCGUAUCAACUUCACUGGCUUCCUCAAGGCAGCCAAGAAGCAUGAUCGCAAGCGUGGAGCUCGGUACCGCGUCAAGCCAUUGCUGCAGGUUCGCCUGUCCCAAUUGCCCUUCAACUCAGAAGACUACUCGCCUUUGGUCCACCGUCUUUCGGUCAUGUACUCUUUUGUUCGUGAAACUCUGACCGAUGACCUGGUCCAACCACCCAAGGAACCCGAGCGUGGCUUUGGCCGUGAUGUCUAUUCCUCUUACAAGUUCUGGGUUCAUGCAGACAACGUUUUGGAGGUGAAGACAUACAUUCUCCGUCGCUUGCCCGUUCUGAUCUACAACCCGGGAACCUCGAAAAACGCGGAUACCCUCGACGACCCAACCAUCACUUCUCUCUACUUUGAUAACCCUCAAUUCGACCUCUACAAUCAGAAGGUUGCCCGUGCGCCCGAGGCUGGAUCCUUGCGGUUGCGCUGGACCGGUCAGCUCAAGGAUAAGCCGUCUAUCUACCUGGAAAAGAAGACUGUGACCGACUCUGACAGCAGUCGGGAAGUCAAGGUGCAACUCAAGGAGAAGCACAUCAAGGAGUUCUUGGAUGGCGAGUAUCACCUGGACAAGAAGGUUCAUCGGAUGGAGGAUAUGAACAACGGAGACUCUGUAGAGGCAGAGAACCUCAAGAAGGAUGUGGAAGAGCUGCAGUCCUUUAUCAAGGAAAACAACCUGCAGCCUAUGAUGCGGGCCAACUACACUCGCACAGCUUUCCAAAUUCCCGGCGAUAACCGCGUUCGCAUCUCCAUGGACACCAACCUUGCCAUGAUCCGUGAAGAUUCUCUUGACCCCGAGCGUCCCUGCCGAGACGCCUCCGAAUGGCACCGCUCUGACCUUGAUGACGCUGAGAUGUCUUACCCGUUCAAUACUAUUCGUACUGGCGAAAUCGUUCGUUUCCCCCACGCUUUGCUUGAGAUUAAGCUGCGCGGUAAGGCACACCAGGCGGAGUGGAUUAACGAUCUCAUGGCUUCCCAUCUCGUCAAGGACGCCCCUCGCUUUUCCAAGUUUGUUCACGGUGCCGCUCAACUGUUCGAGGAUUAUGUCAACAGCUUCCCCUUCUGGCUAAGUGAACUGGAGAAUGAUAUCCGACGUGAUCCCGAGACUGCGUUCUACGAGGAGCAAGAACGUUUGGCGAGGCGCAACGAGGACGACAUUGCGGUUGGCAGUUUCCUUGGUGGCGCAGGUAGCCCGAGUGCCAAUGCACUGGCCGGAUCUCCCUUCAGUCGAUGGAGCGAACCCAGACCUCACACUGUGCUGCGUAGACCUUCUGGUUUCAGUGAAGGACCGUCAAACCGCCGUCUCUCUCACAUUGAGCCCCAACGCCGCGAGGUGCAACCGCAACCGCAACCGCAGCCCCCUGUUGAAGCAGUUCCAGAGCCCGAGGAAGAAAUGUCUCAAUUCGCCUCCAUCUUGAAGUCAUGUGGUAUCUCGAAGCCAAACUGGAUUGGACGGGAGCAGGUCACUUUACCUCCUGGUGUGCGGGACCCUGGUGUCUGGAUUAAGGAUACAGGCCCCGUUCGUGUGGAAAGUAAGGUGUGGCUCGCUAACCAGCGAACCUUCAUCAAGUGGUUGCACAUCAGUAUUCUCCUGUCAAGUUUGUCAUUGGGUCUGUACAACGCCGCUGGCAAGCACAACAAGAUUGCUCAGGCCCUGGCUGUUGUGUAUACUUUCUUUGCCGUGUUUUCCGCUGUUUGGGGUUGGUACAUGUACGAGAAGCGCUCCCGUCUCAUCCGCCAACGAAGUGGCAAGGACUUGGACAACUUGUUUGGUCCUCUUGUCGUUUGCCUUGGUCUUGCUGUUGCUCUCGUCCUCAACUUUGCCUUCAAGUAUAAAUAUGUCCUUGAUCAAGCCCACAAUGCUCCCUCCCACCAAGUCCCUGUUCACAACAACUCGUCAGACGCCUUGAAUGCUUUAUUGGCUGAUCGAUUGCCAUGGGUUGUAAACAGUGGCCACAAUGCUCAGCAGAUCCUCUAA